AUGACCGUCGCACCAGUACAGUACUACACGGGCAACGCCUUCACCUCGACGCCCCACGGCGGCGGACAGGCGGCCAUCCUCGUCCUCCCCUCCACCGACCCGCGGCUGCAGGACGACGAGUUCAAGUCGACCACGGCGCGCGACUUCAACCUGCCCAUGAUUGCGUUCCACAGCCUGCUGGAGGACGGCGAGGUGCCGCUGUACUCGGUCGAGUGGCGGCUGCCGGACGGCAACGAGGCGCCGUUGUGCGGGCACGCAUCCUUGGUCGGCGCGCACAUCAUCUUCGGGCUGCACCCGGACGCCAAGGCAGUCGAGUUCAAGACCAACGCGCGCGGCGUCGUCCGCGCAGAGAAGUACCCCAACGGCGAGAUUGGCAUCGAGCUCCCCCUGCAGGCUGCGGGCGUGCCCACGGCCGAAGAGAAGGCGCGCCUAGGCCACAUCCUCGCCUCGGCGGCCGGGCUGCCCGACAGCGCCGUGCUCGAGGUCACUACGUGGCAGGAGGGCGGCGCGGCGACGGCCGAGAUUGGCCCCGAGGUCGACUUGGGGAACAUCAAGGUGGACAUUGAGGCCUUGCGCGCGAUUCCCCACCACGCCAUCCUGACCCAGCUCAUCGGUAACGGCGACGACGGCGUGCGCGUCAACUCGCGCGUCUUCAUCCCGAACUGGGGCGUGCUCGAGGACCCGGUGUGCGGCUCGGGCCACUCGGCCAUCACGGCGCACUACCUCCUCGGCCCUGCGUCGUCACGCGUCGCCAAGCUCGUCGCUGGCGGAGAUGCGAGCUCAGCCACGCUCGACGCGAAGCAGCUCAGCGAGCGCGGCGGCGCGCUCAAGACCAGCUUGGCGGGGAAGAAUGUGCGGCUUGUGGGCAGGGCGUGGCGCACGGGCCGGGGCGAGCUCGAGGUGUUCUAG